AGACGUGCAGGAGAAAUUGCGUCAUGUACAGAGCUUACGUAACUUUAUAGCGUACUUCUCGCAUGACAUCGUUUCCGCUAUAUGCUGAGACGUACAGGAUUGGAAACAGGGUCUAUCGCCGCAACGAAUACAAAGGAAGUACACGCAGUAAUGUAGCAGAAACCGGUGAUACACCAGACAUGUACGCGGAUGAAUUUGAGGAUGAUGGACCGUGCGCCAUCGAGGCUACGCCUGCGAUAGACCCGAAACUGCCCGAUGAAGUUGAGCCAUCUUCCGAACCGGCUCGUAAAACAUGCGACAGCGAUCCACGUAUCACUUACGAGGGAGGAAAAUAUAUGGCUGAAAUCUACGUGCCCUCUGCUUUCCAUGGAAAACUCGUGGGCAUGCGCGGAAGCAUGCGUCGUGAGAUCGAGGAGUCCACGGAAUGUCGGCUCACUAUUCCCCGUAAGGGACAAAAAGGAAACGUUGAGAUCAAAUCAUUUGUUGGGUUGGAGAAUGUGCAGCGCUGUUUGGAUCGUCUGGAGCUGCUAAUAUCUGAGGCGAGAAGAUCGGCUCCACUUACACAUUUUAUUGCAAUCCCUUGCGCAACUCCUGAGAUUGUCCAAGCGUUUGAGAUGUUCAAAGAAGCAGUAAUCGCUAAUGAGCGUAUACCAGAGGAAACCCGAAAUCCCGCACUCUUCAUAGCUCCGCUCAAAUUACAUAUUACGGUGUGUGUUCUGUGGCUCUUUGACGAGGAAGAAGAGAAGAAAGCUGCUGACAUCAUCGCAGGAUGUCGCGAGGAAAUUAUCGCCGCUCUGCCCAAAAUUCCGUUUGAGGCUGAAGUAAAUGGAGUCGAAACUUUUGAAGAUGAUCCGAGCAAUGUCAAAGUCAUUUAUGGAGGAAUCCACUCGCCAGUCUUGCAAAACGUGUGCGAUCUGCUACGUAAAAAGUUGGUUAAAGCUGGAAUGUCGCCAUCAAAGGAGAAAUCCGUAUCCACCCUGGAUUCGUCAGUACAAAUGCAUAUAACUUUGAUGAAGAGCGGUUAUGUUGAUCCCGAAAAGCCAAAAGCCUUUGAUGCGAAGGUCAUUCUUGAGGAAUACAAGGAUUAUCAUUUUGGGACAUUCACUUUCGACAAGAUUUGCGUAUGCACUAUGCACACUGUCGAUUCGAAAACUGGCUUCUACGAGCAGUGCUAUGAGACGUCGUUGUGCUAAACAUAUGUGUUAAUAUUGAUGAAAUUUCACUGAAUACCGAGAAUGUACUCUCUCCUUUUUUCUAAUCAGUAUCCGCUUUUGAAGAUUGAUAAGACACCCAUGUUUUCUCUUGUCUGGUUACUAUCACUACUUUUUCGUGUAUUCUGGUUUUUAUGCAACUUGGUGGACGAUCUUUGUAAAUAUGAAUGUUCUGUGGUACAAAGCAAAUGUUGGAAUUCAAAUAAAGAUUGUGUUAUC